CAAGGAAAUAGUAGAGAGGACGAAAGCUGCUACAUAAAACAGUACACGCCUGGGAAUCACCAUAAUCCUUUUGAGUAUUGUCUUGGAGGACUAAUUGGAAGGAUCUCCAUCGAUAGACCUUUAUGCCAAUCAGGUCAGGGAGGCGCAAAACCUCGACCAAACUCUUCAAGAUGCCUCGUCUCUCCUUCAUCACCGGGGGGAAGAAGGCAAAGCGGAUGGUACGAACAGGGACCUUCAGGAAGCCUCGGAAGCUGCAGAGUCAGGACUACCAGACCUUACUGGAGAACUGUCUGAGGAGGAAGCAGCUGUUUGUGGAUGAGACCUUCCCGGCCGAGAUCAGCUCCAUCGGCAGCGGAGACCUGUUACGAAAAGUGCCGCCGUCCGUGGAAUGGAGGAGGCCACACGAGCUGGUGAAGAAUCCGCAGUUCCUCGAAAACGCCAGCCGCUUCGAUUUGCACCAGGGGAUCACAGAAAAUUGCUGGUUUUUGGCCGCCCUCGCCUCCGUCACUUUCCACAAAAAUCUACUCAGUAACGUAGUCCCUCGCAACCAGAGCUUUGACAAGAAUUAUGCGGGAAUCUUCCACUUCCGAUUCUGGCGCUUCGGGGAGUGGGUGGAUGUGGUCGUGGACGAUCGUCUGCCCGUGGACAAAGAUGGAAAGCUCCUGUUUGUCUCAUCCGCAAGGAAGAAUCUGUUUUGGGGGGCUCUUUUGGAGAAAGCCUAUGCCAAGCUCUGUGGUUCUUAUGAAGAUUUACGGAUCGGACAAGUGUCUGAAGCCCUGGUAGAUUUCACCGGCGGAGUCAACUUAACCAUCAAAUUAGAGCAGGCCCCCGCGGACCUAUGGCAGAUCAUGAUGAGAGCGGCGUACAGCGGCUGUCUGAUGGGAUGCCAGACCCGCUCAGGGCCUGAAAGAGUCCUGGAGAACGGGUUAGUUGCCGGACACGCGUACACUGUGACCGCCAUCAGAUCGGUGACCUGCAAAUCCGGAACAGAAAACCUAGUCAGGCUGAGAAACCCAUGGGGAAAGAUUGAAUGGAAAGGGAAUUGGAGUGACAGUUCCUCAAAAUGGGACCAACUCAGCCUCAAGGAAAGACUACUGCUGCGGAAGACCAGAGAGGAUGGAGAAUUCUGGAUGUCUAUUGAAGAUUUUGAGGCUCAUUUCGUAGAGUUGGUCAUCUGCAAGCUCACCCCUGACAUGAUGAGUCACGAGAACGGCAAAGAGUGGACAUUAUCAAUGCAAAUAGGGAAAUGGGUGGAGGGCCGGACGGCGGGCGGCAGAAUGACCUAUACAGAAUCCUACUGGAAAAACCCCCAGUACCGACUGAAGAUCCUCUUAGGAGAUGAGAUGGAGAAAUACACAAAUGCCUGCAAUGUUCUGGUGUCCCUUCUUCAAAAGCAGAACCACAAACACAGAAACCAGUGCCCCCCGCACUACAUCGGGAUCUCCAUCUUCAAGGUGCCACUUGAGUAUCAGGGUAUAAGGACUCGGCUUCCACAAGAAUUCUUCCUACUCAACCGUCCAGUCAACAACAAGUGCGUGUUCAUCAAUGAGCGGGAGGUGACCCAAGACUUCCACCUGCCCCCCGGCUCCUACGUCAUUGUCCCUUCCACUGCGGAGCCCGGACAAGAAUGCGAGUUCAUCCUUCGUGUUUUCUCCAGAAAUCAUCUCCUAGAGGUUCAAGGAGAAAGUUCAAAUACAGUUCUGUGCUGCAAGAAAAUUGCUGAUAAACAGGAUGAUCUGGACAAUGUCAUCAUCAAAUAUUUUGAAAAGCAUCCGGAAAUCCAAGUCUCCCAGCUGCAGAUGUUGCUGAAUAAAGCAUCGUGGUCAAGUCUCAGGCACGCUCCAGUCAAGUUCAGCUUAGACGCCUGUAAAGUCAUUAUGGCUCAGUUGGACGUAAGUGCCUCCGGGACUCUGAACAUGAUCGAGUUCUACAGUCUAUGGCAGCGACUUAUCUCUUACCAGGAGAUUUUCCAGAGGAGAGACAUUGAUAAAUCGGGAUAUCUGGAACUGAAUGACCUGCGGGCCGCCGUGCAAGAGAAAGGAAUCACAUUAAGUCGUCAGAUCUACAACCUCAUGGCGCUGCGAUACGGCAACUCAUCUCUGAAAAUCGAUUUUGAGAACUUCGUCUGCCUCAUGCUGAGGAUGGAGAUCAAUGGAGAGGUCUUUCAGAACUUGAGCAAAGAUGGAAAAGGAAUCUAUUUAAAUGAAGCAGAGUGGAUGAUGCUGACUCUCUACGCCUGAUGUCGAAAAAAAAAAAAACAGGAUCUUUUUAAGGAUA